CCGAACUACACAGCCUCCAGGAUUUUGACUUUUUGAGAGAAGACGCCAACAGAAAUGCGGGAAGCCCGUAUAAAAUGCGUAACAGUUCCCGUCUAACUUCGAACAUUUUGGUUUGGGCCCAAUAUCCGAGUGGACCAGAAGACCAAACCACCAAAAGGGAGAUGAUCAGUUGGAUCCGCUCCUAGGCCGAUCCCGAUCCCACUCGCCGCAUGGCUCCUGCACCCACCUCGCCGCCGGCGCCGGCGAAACGCACCGUCCUGGGCGGCGUCGGGGGACUCGACGCGGCCGUGUCCAUCCGCCUCCACGCACUCUUCCUCCCGGUGCCGCGCCUCCUCCUCAAGGCGCUCGAGAUCGCCGGCGACGGCCGCAUCUGGCUCCCCGUCCCCAUCUCCCUCCUCCUCCUCUCCGCCAGCAAAGCUAACUCGUCCGGGGCGGUCUCCCCGCUCCUGGUCGGCCUCGUCGCGGGCCUCGUGCUCGACCUCAUCCUCGUCAGCCUCGCCAAGGUCGUCGUCCGCCGCCCGCGCCCGGACUACAACCCCGCGGACAUGGACGUCGCCGUCGCCGUCGACCACUGGUCCUUCCCAAGCGGCCACGCCUCCCGCGCCUUCCUCGUCGCCGCCUUCCUCGCCGGCGGCCUCCAACACUGCGAGGCGCUCUUCCUCUGGGCGGCCGCGACGUCGGCGUCCAGGGUGCUCCUUGGCCGGCACUACGUCCUCGACGUCGUCGCGGGGGCUUGCCUCGGCGUGUUCGAGGCCUGGCUCAUUAACGUGUCCUUGAGAUUCAUAUGCGCUCACAACGGCUUUCUUGUAUGCUAAUUCAUGUUGACGUACGAUUGUUCACACUGCGAAUCUGUGAUAGCUUUGUUGUUGCAAAGUUGCAAUUUUGGUAAGCAAUUCAGGUUUGCUGAACAGGCAUGUCGCUUCUACUUCUUGAAUUGGGCACGAGGAAGAUGCACGGAUUUAAUUUCUCUCUGAAAGAGCAAUGUCUUGUUAGAAUGGUUGCUAGAUUAUUGAAAACCACCAGUUGUAGUAAAAGUCUUCCAUGAUGACUGAUUCUCAAAUGACAUGGUCAAAUACUGUCAAGAUGAGGUUGCCGAAUCUUCCUGCUCGGUGUUUCAUGACAUUGCUGGCAAUGGCCCCACGG